AUCGUCAAACAAAAUGACUAGCAAGAGAAAGAAUAACGGUAGAGCUUUGGUUAACAGAGGUAAGACUAGAGCCGUCAGAUGUGAUAACUGCGGUAAGAGCGUCCCAAAGGAUAAGUCCAUCAAGAAGUUCUUGGUUAGAAGCAUUGUUGAAUCUGCUGCUGUCAAGGAUAUUGGUGACGCUUCUGCUUAUGAAGAAUAUGAAUUGCCAAAGAUGUACUUGAAGCUCCAUUACUGUGUCUCUUGUGCUAUCCACGGUAGAAUUGUUCGUGUCCGUUCUAAGGAUGGUAGAAAGGUCAGAGCUCCACCAAUGAAGCCAAAGAGAAAGCAAGAAUAAAUUUAUUCAAAAUAAACUUUUAAAAUUAAUCAU